AUGAAGCUCACUUUUAGGGAUUUGAAGCAGCAGAAGUUUGUGAUAGAAGCUGAGCCCUCAGAGAAGAUUUUGGAUGUCAAGGAGAAGAUCGCAACCGAGAAAGGAUGGCCUGCCUCGCAGCAGAAAUUAAUAUACUCAGGCAAGAUUCUACAAGAUGACAACACCGUUGAAUCAUAUAGCAUUGAGGAGAAGGGCUUUAUAGUGUGCAUGGUGUCCAAGCCAAAGGCUGCUGCUCCCUCGGCUGCUGCUGCCUCCUCAUCCCAGACACCGGCUGCUGCACCACCUGCUCCCACUCCCGCCACUCCCUCAGCUCCUGCUCGUGUAAAUGCCCCCCCUUUACAGACUCCGGCUACCCCUUCGCCUGCCGGAGGUGCUUCGUCCGGUGCUUCGUCCGGGGCUACGUUUAACGACCCCUCUGCUCUUUUGAUGGGUAACCAGGGACAGGAGGCCAUUACACAGAUGUUGGCCAUGGGUUUCUCGAGAGGUGAUAUCGACCGUGCAAUGAGAGCUGCUUACUUCAACCCAGACCGUGCCAUUGAAUAUCUGCUGAACGGCAUCCCUGAUGAACCCGAGCGAGAAGCCCCUAGUGCCCCCGCUGCAGGAAGCGCCCGGCCUGCUGCCACUGAAGGCGCAUCCGAGUCCCAGGUCCAGGAAUCUUUAAAUCUCUUUGAACAAGCUGCCGCGCAGGCCAGUGGAGGCGGAAGCGGUCGUAGUCGUGGUGCCGGUGCCGGUGCUGGAGCAGGCUCAGGAGAAUCUGCAGGCAGCCUGGGAAGCCUAGAGUUCUUGCGCAACAACCCUCAUUUCCAGCAGCUCCGCCAGCUUGUCCAGCAACAACCACAAAUGCUUGAACCCAUCCUUCAGCAGGUUGGUGCCGGAAACCCUCAGCUUGCCCAAUUGAUCGGUCAGAACCAGGAGCAGUUCCUACAGUUGCUUAGUGAGGAUGUCGAUGACGAAACACAGCUUCCACCUGGUGCUCAGUCUAUCAGCGUGACAGAGGAAGAGAGAGAUGCGAUCGAGAGACUCUGCCGUCUCGGCUUCUCUCGCGACUCCGUCAUCCAGGCUUACUUCGCCUGUGACAAGAACGAGGAACUGGCUGCCAACUUCCUAUUCGACCAACCCGACGAAAACGAGGACCAGCAGUAG